AUGGCCGCGGAGAAGCCGAGCGAGGGGAAACCAGCGCCGACUGAGGAGAAUAAAGAGAACCAGGGGGACGGAGGACUCAGCCUGGAGAUUCUCCAGAUUAUAAAAGAUUCCCAGCAGCAGCAUGGGCUCCGACAUGGAGAUUACCAGCGGUACAGAGGAUAUUGUUCCCGGAGGCUGCGUCGCCUGCGGAAAACUUUGGGCUUCAAGAUGGGCAACCGGUACAAAUAUUCAGGCAAAAAAGUCACCGUGGAGAUGGUGCGUGACAACAGGUAUCUGUUGCUGGUUGUGAUGGAAGCGGAGCGGGCGUGGAGUUACGCUAUGCAGCUGAAGCAAGAGGCCAACACUGAGCCCAGGAAACGCUUCCACCUGAUGGCCCGCUUACGUAAAGCAGCCAAACAUGGAGAGCAGCUGGAGAGGCUGUGUGAGAGCCCACGUGUCGACGCUAAGACCAAACUCGAGGCCCAGGCCUACACUGCCUACCUGACUGGAAUGGUCCAAUUUGAACUGCAGGAGUGGAAAGCUGCCAUGGAGGCCUUCAACAAGUGCAAGACCAUCUAUGAGAAGCUGGCGAGUGCUUUCACUGAAGAGCAGGCUGUUCUCUAUCACCAGAGAGUGGAGGAGAUCUCUCCAAAUAUACGCUACUGUGCUUAUAACAUCGGUGACCAGAAUGCCAUAAACGAUCUGAUGCAGAUGAGGCUCAGUGCAGGAGGCGGUGGAGGCAUGAUGGCCGAGAAGCUUGAGGCUCUGAUCACUCAGACAAGGGCGAAGCAGGCCGCCACCAUGAGCGAGGUGGAGUGGAGGGGUCGUACUGUACCUGUUAAGAUCGAUAAAGCCCGUAUCUUCUUGCUGGGGCUGGCUGACAACGAGGCUGCUAUUGUACAGGCUGCCAACGAGGAGACAAAGGAGCGUCUGUAUGAGACCCUGUUGGCUGAUUGCAGAGACACCAUCCAGGCUGUGAGAGAGGAGCUGAGGACUGAUGUGAAGCAGAGAGCUGGAGACAGUGCAGAAAGUGGAAAGGUCUCCAACCUGCAGUACCUCCACAGCUACCUAACCUACAUUAAGCUGUGGACGGUGGUGAGGAGGAAUGAAAGCAUGGCGCAUGCGCUGCAGGCCAAACUCAAGGAGCCACAGACCGACGAGAACAAAAGAGGACCUCGACCCCAGGACCUGAUACGGCUCUACGAUAUCAUAUUGCAGAGCCUGGCAGAGCUGUCAACCCUGCAGGGUUUGGAGGAGGACCACACCUUCCAGAAGGAGGUGGCCCUGAAGACGCUGAUCUACAAGGCUUAUAGGUGCUUCUUCAUUGCCCAGUCAUACGUGUUGGUGAAGAAGUGGAGCGAGGCGUUGGUUCUGUAUGAGAGGGUCCUGAAAUAUGCCCGGGAGGUCCAAUCCAAGGCCAAAAACCUCAAUAACAGCUUAAAGGACCUUCCGGAUGUCCAGGAGCUUAUCGCCGAGGUCAAUGCGGAGAAAUACUCCCUUCAGGCGGCAGCAAUCUUGGAUAAGGAGGAUGUGGCUGAAGCACCUGUACAGCAGCAAGUGAAGGACACCACACCUCUCUCCGAGCGACUGGACACCUUCCGUCUUGACCCCUCUCUCCUGGGCAAGCAGCCCAAUCUGGUGCAGUUUCCCCCAGACUUCCAGCCGAUCCCCUGCAAGCCUCUGUUCUUCGACCUGGCACUCAACCACGUGGCCUUCCCGCCCCUGGAUGACAAGGUGGAGCAGAAGGGCAAAGGCGGCCUCACCGGCUACAUCAAGGGCAUUUUUGGCUUCGGCAGCUAAACCGAGGCUUGGCCUUCGUGCAGAGACCUGGGAGCUUGGAGUCAAAGUUGAAGUUGCUCUCAUCUCGUUCUCUGUCCAUCCUUCAUGUUCUUCUGAAAUCAGUCAUUAGAAUCCUUCACUCCAAAUCCUGGAGUGCCAGAAACCUGCAGAGUUUAGCGUUUUAACUCAUUUAACAACUGAUUCAACUCAUCAGCUAAUUCGAAUUAGCAGUUAGACUUCGAGUUGAAUAAGAGGAUGAACUCAGAUCUCUGUAGGGAUGUGGCCUUCAAGAUCCUAAGUUUGACACCGAAACACAAACAUACAUCAAUUCGGCUUUUGUGUUUUAUGGGGAAACCCAAAACAUAACAUAAAAAUUAGAUUUAGAUUAAAAUUAGAGGGUUUUUAUAUGUCCAGUUUUGGUCCUGAGAAGCUCAACACGCCAACUGAACGUGCUAUCUAAGCUGAGUUGAAUCAGGUAUUUUAACAGGAAGCUCACCAAAGUGUGCUGGUCUGUGGCCCUAAUUUUACAAAGCUGUAGUGUGUUGUGAUCCUCCAGAACUGUCUGGUCCUGGAUUCCAGUAGGGAUGACUUGGGAUUGUUUAAUAUGGGAAAAAAUACAUCAUGAUAUUUGAAGGUGUUUACACAACACGCAGUAUGCAUUACUUUUGUUUUUCUGAACUACCACAAAAACUACCACAGUUAAAAGUACUGUGAAUACAAUUAUUUUUGUUGAAGGUUCCACCAACUCCACUGCUUUAAAUCCAAUUAAAUGGGCAACAUUCUCCAAGUAACAGUAUGUGCUCAGAAAUUGCUCAAAAUUUGUCAAGUUAAACUACUGUCAUAUUGCCCCCUCCUAGGUAUUACCAAUCAGCUGCAUCAACAGUUCAGUUCAGUGUCCUCCAGUGAUGACAAAAUCCAGGGCUGUAUGCGAGGUCCAGAUUUGACUAAUGUGCAUCCAUGCGAUGGCCAGUUCACAUCAGCCCCCUGUUGGUUGGCUCUCCCACAUCAUUUGAGCUGUGUCUUGAUUAGGGGGUCCAGCGUUUGUCCUGGAGGGCCAGCAUUUGGUGUUCUUCCUGCACAAAUUGGUAAUUCACUGAUGAGUUGAAUUGGGUGUGCUUGAGUUAUCACCAAGCUGCACCAGUUAGUUAUGUAGUUAUUUCAUUUUGGCAUGAAGGGUGUAGGGCACAAGGGUUUGAAGGCAAUUUUGGACCACAGGUUGGACCAUUCUGAGCUCCAGUGCUGGUGUCCUAGUCUGCACAGCCCUCCUUACUGUUUCCGCAUUCAGUGGCGACUUUACUGAUUUAGUAUUUCUUCAAGUUUGUUCAAUUUUAACCUCUUGGUGCAAAAUGUCAGCAUAAGUAAGCCAGUGUUGUACAGUUAAACUGACAAAAAUACAGACUCUACACAGGUAUGUUAAGACUGGAAGUAGUGGUUAGAUUUUUUGUCUCUGGAACACCUGAAAUUGCGUCUUGUCAAUCAUCCAGGAUGAAAUGGGACAAACUCGAGAUGAGUGAGUGAGUGAGUUCACGACCGUGCCGCUAUGAGGAGCAUCCAGUUUUCGUUAAGAACCAAAUCGGCGGUGGAUUAUAAUCUCUAACGUGCAUUUUGUACCAUGAACUCCAGUCUUUUCAGUUUGCACAAUUAUAUAUGACCGUGCACCAAGUAAAUGAACUCCGUAGAUGAACACAGAUGGAGAGUUUUGUGCUAGGCUAGUCUGAAAAACCACUCGUCAGAAUUGUCCUGCGAUGAGCCACUCGUCUCUGUCCUGUUGUUGAAAACCUACAGAGGGAAUUUUACAUGUUUGUCAGCGCAGCCGCCAAGGGUUCCAUCUUUACAGCGUAGAUGUUUUCCAGUAGACAGGUGCUGCUGUUCUUCAUGGUGACUAGAACCAAAGUCAAUCUCUCCUGUCUUGCAUUAUAGCACCUCAUGGCUGGUCACAUACGAGUGUCUGUCUUCUGUACCAGUUUAAGACGUACCUUUACUGUCGCAUACCUGCCACACCCUGGCUAAUUUACUGAUAUUUUGUUUCUGAAUCUUUUCAUUGUUUUUUAAUUCUUUUUCUUUCUAAAAUGUAAGAACGUAAUGGUGGCGAGUGUUAGGAAGAGGCCGAAUUGAACGCAAGAGCUAGGAACGUUUUCUGUUGUGACCACCGUUAAAACUGAAAAAAUGGAAUAGUUAAAUGAAAUAAAUGUGGGAAUGAAAGUUGGUGUAAAGACUCUUAAUUAAAUAAACCACACAUGAACUAACGCUGAA